UCUGUGUGAGCUCAGAGAGAAACUCGAGAAACUCUUCUUCCUUUCUCUCUCUACCUCUUUCUAUCUCUCUCUCUUCGCUUUCUCUCUCUUCACCGCUUUCAAACCCUAACGCUUUGGCUCCUCCACACUCUUGCGGGGAUCACUCUCGAGCUUCAAUGGAGCCACCUCAAUGUCACUGAGUAAAUGGUAUGCUCAGAGGUGUCUUUUUGGGAAGCAUAGUAUUUGGAGAAGCUCUUUCUUCAUUUCCCUUGAUCCACUAGGCAUUUCUAUAACUAGUUAUCUUCUGAUAAAUUUUGGGUUUGUUAAUCUAUGCCUGGAAACGACGUAGGAGACAGGGUCCAUAAUUUUUUUGGUCAGGAAAACUUGUCCCAGGGCCAGUACCAUUCACAGGCAGUGGACGGGAACUGGCCAGGGUUAACCAACAACUUGUGGGCUGGUGGCCAGAGGCCAACUGAUGGGCCUUUCAUUUCCAAUUUGAAGAAUUUCAAUCUACAGCAAUCGGAUCCUGAGCAGGGACACACAAGCUCUCCACAUUUGCGACAUGGUUUGAACCUGGCACAAUCUAACCUGAGGCCUGACACUGGCAGAAAUCAACUCUCGAACCAACAAGCAGCUGUUAAUGGCUAUAUGCAGGGGCACCAGGUUUUCCAGCCUAGGCAAAAUGAAGGGAACAUUUUGGGAGUGGAUACCGAAGCUGGUUUUCAUGGCAUACGUGGAAUGCCAGUACUUGAAUCACAACAAGGCACUGGUCUUGAACUCUAUAAGAAGAAUUUGACUAGGACUGAUGCAGUUGAAUCUCCUGUCAAUUAUGAUUUUUUUGGAGGUCAACAACAAUUAAGUGGUCGGCAAUCAAACAUGCUUCAGCCUUUGCCUAGACAGCAGUCUGGCAUAAAUGACAUGCAACUUUUACAGCAGCAAGUAAUGCUCAACCAGAUGCAAGAAUUUCAAAGGCAGCAACAAUUUCAUCAACUGGAUGCAAGGCAACAUAGUUCAAUGGCUCCAGUUCCCUCCAUUUCAAAACAGGCAGUUCCAAGCCAUUCUGCUUCUCUCAUCAAUGGCAUUCCCAUAAAUGAGGCAUCUAACCUUAUGUGGCAACCUGAGGUAAUGGCAAGUAAUGCAAGUUGGCUCCAGCGUAGUGCAUCUCCGGUCAUGCAAGGGGCUUCAAAUGGGCUUAUAUUAUCACCUGAUCAAGUGCGUCUGAUGGGACUGGUUCCUAAUCAAGGAGACCAGUCUCUUUAUGGGCUUCCAGUUUCUGGCUCAAGAGGUGCGCCCAACUUGUAUCCUCAUGUUCAAACAGAUAAGGCAGCAGUGUCUCAGGUUUCUAUCUCACACCAGUAUGCUAACCUUCAAGGGGACAAACCUGCGCUCCCACACUUAGCAGCCAGUGGUAAUUCAUUUCCACCUCAGCAGUAUGGUUCGUAUUCAGAUCAAGCUGACACAAAUGACGGAAGUCCGAUGCCAAGACAAGAUAUUCAAGGGAAAAAUAUGUUUGGUUCUGUUGCUCAAGGUAUAAAUAUGGAGCACUUGCAGCAAGUGAAUUCGGAACAAAGAAAUGUGCCAAUUGAAGAUUUUCAUGGGAGGCAAGAAGUAGGUGGAUCAUCAGAGACUUCACAGGAAAAGAUGGUAAUGCAGGUUCCACCUUCACAGAAUGUGGCCACCCUGGAUCCAACUGAAGAGAAAAUCUUGUUUGGUUCAGAUGACAAUCUGUGGGAUGGAUUUGGCAGGAAUACAGGAUUCAAUAUGUUGGACAGUGCAGAUAGUUUUGGGGGAUUUCCUUCUCUCCAGAGCGGAAGCUGGAGUGCACUUAUGCAGUCUGCUGUAGCCGAAACAUCUAGUACUGAAACAGGCAUACAGGAAGAGUGGAGUCGUCCAAGUUUCCGGAAUAACGAACGUUCAUCUGGGAAUGAGCGGGCUUCAGCCAUUGAUAGCAGCAAACAGCCAGUUUGGGCCGACAAUAACUUGCAGUCAGCCCCCAAUAUAAAUUCAAGACCUUUUCUUCGGCCAGAUGAUGUUAGCAGGCCCAAUUCUGUAAGCUAUUCUGGUGUUCCCGGAUUUCAUCAGUCAAGUGUUGAUACUGUACCAGAACAGCGUGACAGGUUACAGACCGACACUUCUCAAAGAUCAAUUCCACAGUUUUUAGAAAGAGGCAAAUGGUUAGAUUGCGGCCCGCAGCAAAAACCAAUUGCUGAAGGGAAUCGUGUUUAUGGAAAUGCUGCUGAUUCUUCAGGUAUAGAAAUUAAUGAAAAGGUUAUUUCUGGUUCAUGGACCCAUCAACAGAUGCUACCAUCCCCAAAUAGUAGUGGUGAGGCACUCAAUAGAUCUAAUGGAUGGAAUGGAAUUAAGUCAGCCCCAUCUGAUAACAGUUCUACUCUUAAGGCUCGUGAAAAUGAAAACAUGUUUCAUUCCCGUCAUGAGGAUGCUAGACAAGAGACAAGCCAUGUAUCUGCAAUGUGGGAGCCUGGUUCUGAUACUAAUUCAUCAGCUGGAUUGGAACAUGUUAAGUCUCCAGCUAAUAUGCAGAUUUGUGGGGAAGAUACUGGUAUGAAUGGCAUUGGUGCUAUACCAAACCCAGGUGCUACAUGGGUCAGCAGGCAAAACAACCAGCAACUUCAUAAUGUUGAUGCAUGGAGACAUUCUGAUUCCAUGGGGAGCUAUGGAAAUGAUGGUCCAGGGAAAUAUCGGUUUCAUAUGGAGAAAAACCCUCUAGUUUUGGAAUCAUCUAGGAAUGAGAAAUUAGAAGGAGACAUUCAUGAUAGUGAGAAUAAAAAUGAAAAAUCAGCAGAUGGUGUUGGCCCUAAUUCAUCUCACCAUAGAGUUGCCAGUUUUGAUGGAAGUGAUUCACGUAGUCCAAAGGUAUCUGCUGGUGCAGGAAAUCGAAGAACUCCUGUAACUCGUAAAUUUCAGUUUCACCCUAUGGGGGAUGUUGGUGUUGACAUGGAGACUCAUGGAAACAAACAUGCCAUAAAUUCACAUCCUACACCCCAUCAACCUUUUGGAGGACUUAAAGGACAUGACCAAAGCUAUCCUGGGCAGUCAAAGUAUGGUCAUUCUGAUGAAAAUUAUACUGAAACAGAGAAGAGGAAUGCACCUGCUUUUCAGGGUGAGACAAAAAGCUUGGAUGAUAAUACUUCAAAAACCGCACUGCCUGGCCAAAUACCAAAGACAUUAGCCCCCUUUGAUAGAAGUGUCACUAAUUAUGCCUUAAACAAGACUGCUUCUCCCAGUCAAAAUAUUCUUGAGCUUCUUCAUAAAGUGGAUCAGUCAAGGGAGCAUGGCAUUGCAACAAAAACAAGCACUUCUAACCGUCAUUUAUCUUCCAGGGUGCCGGAUACUGAAUCUUCUGAUGGGUCUCAACGGAAUCAAAGUUCAUCUCAGGGAUUUGGUUUACAGUUGGCUCCUCCCACUCAAAGGCUUCCUGUGGCAUCAUCUCGUGUUACAUCUGAAACAGUGGAUAAGGGCAGUACAUGGUUGUCUUCUACUCAGAAUUUUCCUUCUCGAGAGUCAUCUCAUGAGCUUAGGAAUAACAUUUCUGGUUCCUCAGGACAAGUUUUAGAUAAAGCCUCACAGUACAAUGUGCUGGGAAAUAUGUCACAGGAUUUGUCAUCUGGGUUUCCUUUCUCGAGGAUCCAUACUCAAAAUCAAAACAGGGCUAGUUUUGUUGGAAAAGCUUCAAAUAGUCAAUCUUCCAAUGCAAAUUUUGUUGAUCAGACUGUUCCCGCAAAUCAGAUGGAUGAAUAUGGUGAAAGAUCUCACACUAGUCAAUCUGAAUCAGUAUCUGCUCGGGAUAUGCCUCGUCCAAGUGGUAUAGACCAAUUCAAUUCAAGAGACCCUUCCAUGCAAACUUCGGCAUCAGAGACUGCCGCUGCCACAGUUUCUCAUCCUUCUGUAACAUUUAGUGCAUCUAUGCAAGGCACCGCUUCAAAAGUUCUACACAACGUAUGGACCAACGUUUCUGGCAAGCAACUUCCUAACUCCUCAAAGAUUCCUUCCCGUCUCCAACCAAUUAAUGUUUCUGAAACCACAACCUGGCCAUUGAAGCCAGGUAUUGAAGAUUCAAAGGAUGGUAAUGAAAUCUCUCGGCAGCAGAUGUUGCCUGAGAGUGUUGAGGCUGCGGAUGAGUCAGCAAGCGCGUCACAUGUUAAGGAAAAAGUUGGGAAGGGUAUACCCGAUGCAUCUCAAACUAGUCCAGCUGCUACUUCUAGAGAUAUUGAAGACUUUGGCCGGUCUUUAAGACCAAAUAACUUUUUACACCAGAACUUCCCUUUGCUAAAUCAGGUUCAGUCCAUGAAAAAUAUUGAGAUUGAUCCCAGUAAUCGAGAUGUCAAGAGAUUCAAAGUUUCAGAUAAUGUGAUAGAUAAACAGCAGGAAGAUUUCAACCAAGGACGGCAGUCAUAUGGAUAUGAUACCAUGGUCAAAGAUGUGUCGGGUGAUAGUUCUACGGUGCCUCCAGCUGAUCCUAAUAUACCAGGCUUCCCUACGAAGCCAGUUGAUGGUCGAGACACUAAUGCAUCUUCUCUGGAUGUGGGUGGAUAUGGUCAGAAAAAUGCUCUCAAUGUCUCCAACAGUAACAAUCCAGCUUCUAUUAGAAGUGAACAUCCUAUGAUAAAUCCUCAGAUGGCUCCAUCGUGGUUUGAACAAUAUGGAACUUUUAAAAAUGGUAAAAUGUUGCCUAUGUAUGAUGCACGGGCGAUGGCUCCUCCUAAACCUAUAGACCAGUCUUUCACUGUGAGGAACCAGUCUGAUAGUGUGCAUCUUGGCAAGUCAAUGGAACAAGUUAAUAGUCUUGGUGAUGCUGGUAAUACUAGGCUAAGUCCAACGCCCACUUCCUUUUCAAGCGAGCAUGUUCCUUCUCGGUUAUUGCCUCCUGCAAUUGAAUCUGAUUUACUCACAAGACCUAAGAAGCGGAAAAGUUCCACAUCUGAACUCAUUCCAUUUCAUAAAGAAUUGGAACAGGGCUCUGAAAGGCUUCAAGAUAUCAGUGCUGCAGAAUUAGAUUGGGCCCAAGCUGCAAAUAGAUUGGUUGAGAAGGUUGAAGAGGAUGCCGAGCAAAAUGAAGAACCAACAAUGAAAUCAAGAAGACGGCUUGUUUUGACAACACAGCUUAUGCAGCAAUUAUUUAACCCUCCGCCAGCAGCAGUUCUCUCUGCCGAUGCCAAAUCGAACCAUGAAAGUCUGGUCUACUCUGUUGCUAGAUUAGUUUUAGGAGAUGCAUGCAGAUCGGUCUCACAGUCUGGAAGUGGUGGUAGCAAGAAACUGCUGCAUGAUAAACUUAAAUCAUCCGAGAAGAACGAUCAUUACAUUAGGCAAGUGGAAGACUUUGUUGGUAGAAUGAGGAAACUGGAAAAUGAUAUAUUGAGAUUGGACAACAGAUCCUCAAUUUUGGACUUGAGAGUGGAAUGUCAAGAUUUAGAAAGAUUUUCUGUGAUCAACCGGUUUGCCAAGUUCCAUGGAAGGGGGCAAAAUGAUGGGGCAGAGACCUCAUCUGCUGAUGCAGCUCGAAAUGCUCAUAAACCAAGCCCCCCUCAGAGAUACGUUACUGCUGUUCCGAUGCCUAGAAAUCUCCCAGACAGGGUACAAUGUCUUUCACUUUGAUAAUUAAUUAAUUCAUUUUUCCAUCUUUCUUGGUCAGUUGUCUCUAGAACCUCCUGUUUCUGGUCCUUUUCUUUCAACUUAUAUUAUUGCACUUCAUCGCAAUAGAACCAUACAACUGGCAAUGUAGGAGAAGAAUGGUUACUAGAUUGCCCCCUCAACCAAUGGAGGCUGUUAGAUCUUUUCAAUCUAUAUAUGUAUGUAUGUAUGUCUAGAUCUUUGCAAUCUAGUUAUCUUUUGAUUUUCGGGUUCCCAGUCUUCUUGUAUAUAGUAAGAUAAUAUAUGCAGUCUACUUAGCUUUAACCAUACCAAUUAUGGAUGGCUUUUGUCUCUGAUUAAUUAUCACAGUGUUAACUCAAUCGAUAUUUGUUUUCUCAA